AAGCUUCAUCGUUUGGUCGGAUCGAAGCUGCCUGCAGGCACACCGACGGGGUUCCUUCAACCCAUUUCGUAAUUCGUUAAGCUAAUGCAGGUGGACGGGACCUGCAGAUUGCUGCUAUCUGUCGUGCAAUUAAUCAGGGCACCCCGGACAAUAUGGGCUCGGCUCUGUAAGCGAUGUCGUGAUAAGAAUGGGGUUGUUUACCCUCGACCCUCGUCCGGAGUCCGUCGGGGUAAACCUGCCCCGCUGGAUGAUAAGGUGUGUUCCUCAGCCACGCCAUUUCUGGCUGUUGCCUAUCCCUUGCCAAUGUCUUACUCGCGAAAUUGGUCGACGAGCUCAGCCGAACAUACGACAUCGAGUUGUCGUCGUGGGUCAUGGACAGUGUCGGAUUCUUGACGACGGAUGGUGCAAUGGCCAGCAAAACAGGGACAUUGGCGAGAAGAAAUGGUCGGCAAAUUCGCUUGGACUAGCCAAGGCAAACAAGCACGGCGCGGAAUGCUUAACCUUUCUUGACUAUGGCGUGGUUGCGAUCGGCGCAAUUCCUUCUGCUCCAGUUAUCGGCGCCGCCAGUUCCGGGGCAGUGGGUCGCAUUCCCUCGGCCAGCCACACGAGUUGGAAAUCAGGGAGGCACGAGUUGCCCGGGUACCUAGACAGCAAGCGUGCAUAAGAUCAGGUUCCGAUUUUUGUACCUUCAUCCACUUU